AUGUCAUUUGCCCUCGCCAGCCUGCUGAUCUGCCUGUCAGCCGCUGAGUCCACCGCUUCAGGCGCAGGGGCGACGGCCGCUGCUGCCAGCGGGAAGCGGCGCUUCCUCGCGAGAUCGCAGGGCGAGGGGCAGCAGUGUGGCAGGAGCGGCUCGGACGGCCAGUUCUACGGCGACUGCGCCGCUGGACUUGCGUGCGUGCCGCCGGCGGAGGGCGCUGCCCCCGGCGCUCCCAGCGUCUGCCACAAGGUUUGCGGCACCUUCGGGGCCGACGAGGACGUGGUGACCAGCUUCACCUGCAGCAGCGGCCAGACGUGCUCGGGCAAGGCCGCCACGCCCUGCCGCGAGUGGGCUGGCGAGUGCUACCUGUAUUGCGCCGGUGAGCCCGUCAAGGAGGAAGGUGGGCCGGCGAGUGCUACCUGUAUUGCGAUGGCGCCGACCGCCGGCUCUCAGACGCGCAGGGUGAAGGGAAGCAGUUGCGGCACGAGCGGCUCGGACGGCCAGUUCUACGGCGACUGCGCCGCUGGACUUGCGUGCGUGCCGCCGGCGGAGGGCGCUGCCCCCGGCGCUCCCAGCGUCUGCCACAAGGUUUGCGGCAGCUUCGGGGCCGACGGGGACGAGGUGACCAGCUUCACCUGCAGCAGCGGCCAGACGUGUUCGGGCAAGGCCGCCACGCCCUGCCGCGAGUGGGCCGGCGAGUGCUACCUGUAUUGCGAUGGCGCCGACCGCCGGCUCUCAGACGCGCAGGGUGAAGGGAAGCAGUUGCGGCACGAGCGGCUCGGACGGCCAGUUCUACGGCGACUGCGCCGCUGGACUUGCGUGCGUGCCGCCGGCGGAGGGCGCUGCCCCCGGCGCUCCCAGCGUCUGCCACAAGGUUUGCGGCAGCUUCGGGGCCGACGGGGACGAGGUGACCAGCUUCACCUGCAGCAGCGGCCAGACGUCGGCUCGGACGGCCACUUCUACGGCGACUGCUCCAGCGGACUCGAGUGCGUACCGCCCGCGGAGGGCGCUGCCCUUGGCACUCCGAGCGUCUGCCACAAGGUGUGCGGCAGCUUCGGGGACGACGGUGACGAGGUGACCGGCACCUGCAGCACAGGCCAGACGUGCUCGGGCAAGGCCGCCACGCCCUGCCGCGAGUGGGCCGGCGAGUGCUACCUGUAUUGCGAUGGCGCCGACCGCCGGCUCUCAGACGCGCAGGGUGAAGGGAAGCAGUGCGGCACGAGCGGCUCGGACGGCCACUUCUACGGCGACUGCUCCAGCGGACUCGAGUGCGUACCGCCCGCGGAGGGCGCUGCCCUUGGCACUCCGAGCGUCUGCCACAAGGUGUGCGGCAGCUUCGGGGACGACGGUGACGAGGUGACCGGCACCUGCAGCACAGGCCAGACGUGCUCGGGCAAGGCCGCCACGCCCUGCCGCGAGUGGGCUGGCGAGUGCUACCUGUAUUGCCUCUGA